GCCCGAACAUAUUCCUGUUUUUCUUCCCUUCAUCCCAUCAGGAGAACUCUACGGUUGGAAGAUCAUAUAUUUAAUAAACCCUAUUUUCAAUGAUCAAUCCAGUCUUCAAUGGAACAAAUUUUAAGGAUUGGAAAGAGAACAUGGAGAUAGUUCUUGGCUGCAUGGAUCUUGACCUUGCAUUAAGGAUUGAGAAACCCCCUUCUCCUACGGAUUCAAGUACCUCUGAAGAGAGGAAAGAUUAUGAGAAAUGGGACCGCUCAAAUCGCAUUAGUCUGAUGAUCAUUAAACGCGACAUUCCAGAGGUCUUUAUGGGUGCUAGAUCUGAGGAAAUAAUAAGUGCUAAAGAUUUUCUUGUUGAGAUUGAAAAGCAUUUUGCGAGAAGUGAUAAGACAGAAACAAGUGCACUUCUCCAGAGCUUGAUUUCUAUGAAGUACGAUGGCAAAGGAAAUGUGAGAGAAUACAUCAUGAGCAUGUUAAACAUUGCUUCAAAACUUAAGGCAUUGAAACUUGAGAUGUCAGAAGACUUACUCAUACACUUAAUUUUGAUUUCUCUUCCCUUACAGUUCGAACAAUUUAAGGUAUCUUAUAACCGUAAAAAAGAGAAAUGGUCUCUUUAUGAGCUCAUUUCAUAUUGUGCACAAGAAGAGGAGAGACUGAAGCAAGAAAAGAUUGAAAGUGCUCACUCAGCAAGUACCUCUAAAGACAAGGGCAAAAGGAAGAAAACUGACAAUUUCAAGAAUGAAAUUGGUAAGGGCCCACUACAAAAGAAACAAAAACAAGAUGAUAAAUGUUUCUUUUGUAAUAAGGUUGGACAUGUAAAGAAGAACUGUACAAAGUAUCACGCUUGGUGUGCAAAGAAAGGGUUGUCUUAAGCUACUGGAAGCCAAUUGAUUAUGAAAGAUGAAUAUAUGUUGGAGAUGACAAAUCAGUGGAGGUGAAAGUUAUAGAGCCUUUUGAAUUAUUAUUGUGUACCGAUUUUUAUUUGGAUUUGAAUAACACUUUUGUUAUUGUACCAUCUUUUAGGCAUAAUUUGAUUUUAGU